CGAUGGUUAAAGAGGCGCAGGCGGACGAGGCUGGCGCAGUGUAAGGCAAUAGCCGGGUGGCGGGCAGAGAGGAAGCCCACGUGUCUCCCCCAGAGUGGGACCUGGAGCGCCCACUUCUUUAUCCCAACGCAGAACCGUCCCUCCCCAAAGCCCCCUUCUGUUCCCAACCCACAGGGUUGUGUAAAUCGAGGGUCCUUCUCCCCCACUGAUCACUAACCCCCAGCGGGCCAACUUGGCGGAGAAACUUUGCCCUGGGAGAGGCGCUCGGUGAGGAAAAAGGGGGCACUGCGCAUGCGGAGCUCCAAAUUCAAACAGCUGUUUCCAGAGGCUGCGAGGGAGGGCGGUGGGGAGCUCUGGGGCUUGGGGGGCCUCUUGCCUCCGGCACCAUCCGCCCCUAGCCUGGCGCAGGCCGGGAGUGGCCGGCCCCCUCCGGAGCCAUGGUGGACCGGGGACCUCUGCUGACAUCGGCCAUCAUCUUCUACCUGUCCAUCGGGGCGGCAAUCUUCGAGGUGCUGGAGGAGCCGCACUGGAAGACCGCCAAGGAUAACUACAACAGGGAGAAGAGCAAGCUUCUUAAAGACUUCCCGUCCCUGGGGCAGGAGGGCCUGGACAAGAUCCUACAGGUAGUAUCUGAGGCUGCUGGGCAGGGCGUGGCUAUCACGGGGAAUCAAACCUUCAAUAACUGGAAUUGGCCAAAUGCUGUCAUCUUUGCCGCCACAGUCAUCACCACCAUUGGUUAUGGAAAUGUGACCCCCAAAACUCCUGCGGGGCGCCUCUUCUGCAUUUUCUAUGGCCUCUUUGGGGUUCCCCUCUGCUUGACCUGGAUCAAUGCCUUGGGGAAGUUCUUCGGGGGACGUGCUAAGAGAUUGGGGCAGUUCCUCACCAAGAGGGGCGUGAGCCUGAGGAAGGCUCAGAUAACGUGCACAGCCAUCUUCAUCAUUUGGGGGGUGCUGGUGCACCUGGUGAUCCCACCCUUUGUCUUUAUGGUGACUGAGGACUGGAACUACAUUGAAGGCCUCUACUAUUCUUUCAUUACCAUCUCCACCAUCGGCUUUGGAGACUAUGUGGCUGGAGUCAAUCCUGAUGCCAACUACCAUCCCCUCUACCGAUACUUUGUAGAGCUAUGGAUCUACCUAGGGCUAGCCUGGCUGUCCCUGUUUGUGAAUUGGAAGGUGAGCAUGUUUGUAGAAGUCCACAAAGCCAUCAAGAAACGUCGGCGGAGGAGGAAGGAAUCCUUUGAAAGCUCCCCCCACUCCAAGAAAGGCCUGCAGAUGGCAUCCAGUGGAGGCGUCAAGGAUGUCAAUAUUUUUAGCUUCUUGUCCAAGAAGGAGGAGACCUACAAUGACCUCAUCAAACAGAUUGGGAAGAAGGGUCUGAAGACAAGUGGGGGAGGUGGAGAGAGAGCCGUGGGAGCUGAGAGCAGAAGGCCUGCCCUCCCGGCUGCUCCUGUGGCUCCAACGGCAAUCUAUACCAAAACCCGUGUGCCCAGCUACGAGGAGGUAUCCCAGACGCUGAGGCUGAAAAGCCAUAUGUCGAGGUCUCAGGGUGGGGAGGCUGGGGAAGGACCCCCCAGUGACAACACCAACACCACCUCGACGGUGUUUGUCAACCAGCUGGACCGGAUCAGUGAGGAGGAGGGCGAAGCCUGGGAUGCCCGGGACUGCCGUCCGCUGAUCUUUGAGAAUGCCAACAUCACCUUUGUGAAUGAGGAAGGAGGCCUCUCAGAUGAGGACACUUCUAAAUCCUCUCUGGAUGACAACUUAGCUGGGGAGGAAGAGGAGGAACAGGGAGAGGUGGAGGAGGCUGAGGCAGAGAUGCCACUGAACCUGGGGGAGUUCCCAUCCUCCGAUGACUCCACUUUUACCAGCACAGAAUCUGAACUGUCUGUGCCUUAUGAACAGUUGAUGAACGAAUAUAAUAAAGUCAACAGUCCCAGAGGCACGUGAGGCCCCCCUCUCUGCCCCUUGCCCUAUCCCACAAAUCCUGCGGCCUCUUCCUUCCCCUCACCUCCCCUUCAGGGGUAAUCUGUGAUGGCUGAGAUUACUGGACCCUUGAACUGGGAAAGAAAAGGGGGACCCUUUGACCUCCCAUCCCCUCUGGCCAUAUGCCACUAAGCACGCGUACUGCCCUCACUGCCUGCCCACUUCAGGACUGACUGUUUCCACAUGCUUCCUUGGUGACAUGGCUGAACAGAUGUGAUCCUGAGGUUGGGAGAGAUUCGGUUCCUGAAAGAUGGUUUUGGUUUUUGUUUUGUUUUUUACUACAUUUGUAAUUUUGAUGGAGUAUAGACGAUGCUGGGGCCAGACAAGGUCUAUGAAUGGUCAGACCUAUAAAAAAGCAUAAAGUUUUGAGGUGUUGACAGGCUGUGUGUCCUGGGAGGAUCCACGCAGAGAAGGCUCGAUUCAGCAGGUAUUGACUGAAAUUUUAAUAUGUUGCCCAGCAACAGGACCCAAGUCUAAAAGGCAGUGCACUGGAGACAGUCUGUCCUUGUCCUCAAGAUGACUUAAGGUCAAUUUGGGGAUUCCAAAUGAACACAGAUGAGACAAUUAAUGGGACAAGGUAAUGUGUAAGUAAGUGUGGGGGUGAGGUAUACAAGGAUGCUAGGGAAACAGACCCUAUAUUUGUUCCAAGCUGCUUCUUCCCAAGCCCCUCUUCACCACCCCCACCCCAAUACACUAAUGCAGGGGUUCUUAACUUUUUUUGUGCAUCAUGGAUCCCUUGGGCAGUCUGGUGAAACUUACAGACCCCUUCUCAAAAUAAUCUUUUUAAAUGCAUAAAAUAAAAUAUGUAGGAUUACCAUGGAAGCCAAUUAUAAUAUUGAAAUAGAAAUCAAAUAUGUAUAUUUUUUAAAAGUUCAUGGACCCCAGGUUAAAAAGCCCCUAUUCUAAGAAAUAGAAUAGAAAAGGGCUGUUAGGGGUUUGGAGAAGAUGAAGGCCAACUGUCUAAUACGGAACCCAAACUGAAACACUCCCAGUGGUAACCAGAUCUAUCCCAUGGGCCCCACAACCCCUGUUGCCCAUAUUUAAUGAAGACAGGCCAAACCAAGCCUUCCCCAGAGUGACCCUUUGUGAAUUUACUGACAGUGGGAGUGGGCUAAUUAGAUCUAGGGUCACCACUGUUUGUCGUGUUCUGGAGAAUGAGGUAAAGCAAGAUAAAGGGCAGUGUGGAGUAGUGGGAUGUAGGCUGAAUCUGAAGCCACCUUUUGCCAUUGAGGUACCUAGGUGACACUGGGCAAAUCAUGUCCCUUCCAGCCUCAUUU